AAAGAGGUCAAGAGGAGGGGAGGAAAAACCACGUGUGCUGCUCAGCACCAUGUACACCACUGUCCUUCCUCGGUAGACUUGUUUUUGUAAGCCUGUACCCUUCGCAUGUAGCCACGUAGCUUGCGUUAGCAGUUUAGUUUUGUUUUUUUCUAUUAUUUCACCCAAAGACUCCAACACACUUAGCAAAGCUGCAGGGGCGGAUUUCUGUCGCCACACUGACUGCCGACCAUGGUGAGCAAGACAGAUGACAUCCCGGCGUCAGUGCCUGACUGUAAUCCGGUUGAUCUUGCGGAUGGAGCCCAGGAGGGCAAAGAGACCAGCAAGAUGCGAGUGAAGGAUCCCUGCGGCUGCGGCCACAGCUCAGAUACAGCCAUGGUGAACGGCGGCGGGGCUCACGAGCACACGGAGGAGGCAGAAUCGAAGCAGGACGGAAGUGGUGAGGCGGACGGAGGCGAUGAGUCCAACGAGCAGGAAGUGAUAGUGAUCCAAGACACGGGCUUCACCGUUAAGAUCCAAGCGCCUGGAACAGAGCCAUUCGACCUGCAGGUAUCUCCACAGGAAAUGGUGCAGGAAAUCCAUCAGGUGUUGAUGGAUCGUGAGGACACCUGCCAUCGCACCUGCUUCUCCCUGCAGCUGGAUGGAAACGUGCUGGACAACUUUGCUGAACUCAAGUCCAUCGAGGGCCUGCAGGAAGGCUCGUUCCUCAAAGUGGUGGAAGAGCCCUACACAGUGCGUGAAGCCCGAAUUCAUGUACGGCACAUCAGAGACCUGUUGAAAAGCUUGGACCCUUCAGACGCCUACAACGGUGUGGACUGCAACUCACUGUCCUUCCUCAGCUUCUUCACAGACGGAGACCUUGGAGAUAGUGGAAAGAGGAAGAAAAAGGGCAAUGAGCUGGAGCAGAUUGACUGCACCCCCCCAGAGCACAUCCUGCCUGGCAGCAAAGACCGGCCCGUGAUGCCCCUCCAGCCACUCAAUAAGGACUGGAAGCCAAUGCAGUGCCUGAAAGUCCUGACUAUGAGCGGCUGGAACCCUCCACCCGGAAACAGGAAGAUGCACGGAGACCUCAUGUAUCUGUACAUGGUGACUGUUGAAGAGCGGCACGUCAGCGUCACCGCCUCUACACGCGGCUUCUACCUCAACCAAUCCACAACCUAUAUCUUCAACCCCAAACCGGCCAACCCCAGCUUCCUGAGCCACUCUCUGGUGGAGCUUCUCAGCCAGAUCAGCCCCGCCUUCAAGAAGAACUUCACUGCCCUUCAAAAGAAACGAGUCCAGAGACACCCGUUUGAGAGAAUAGCCACGCCGUUCCAGGUCUACAGCUGGACCGCUCCUCAGGUUGACCACGCAAUGGACUGCGUUAGAGCUGAGGACGCCUACACUUCUCGCUUGGGUUAUGAGGAGCACAUACCUGGACAGACAAGAGACUGGAACGAGGAGCUGCAGACCACCAGAGAGCUGACCCGGAAGAACCUGCCAGAGCGCCUGCUGCGGGAGAGAGCAAUUUUCAAGGUCCACAGUGACUUUGCAGCUGCUGCCACACGAGGCGCCAUGGCUGUAAUAGAUGGUAACGUAAUGGCAAUCAACCCCGGUGAAGAAACGCGCAUGCAGAUGUUUAUCUGGAACAACAUCUUCUUCAGCCUGGGCUUUGAUGUGCGGGACCACUAUCGUGAGCUUGGUGGCGAUGCAGCUGCCCAUGCCGCACCCACCAACGAUCUGAAUGGAGUACGGGCGUACGGGGCGGUGGACGUGGAGGGACUCUACACCCUGGGGACGGUAGUGGUGGACUACAGGGGCUACCGGGUCACAGCCCAGUCCAUCAUUCCAGGUAUCCUGGAGCGGGAGCAAGAGCAGAGUGUCAUCUACGGCUCCAUUGACUUUGGGAAGACAGUUGUUUCUCACAGCAAAUAUCUGGAGCUGCUUGAUAAGACGAGCAGACCGCUGAAGGUCCAGCGGCACAAUGUUCUGAAUGAGAAGGAUGAUAAGGUGGAGCUGUGCUCCUCUGUCGAAUGUAAAGGCAUCAUUGGAAAUGAUGGCCGACACUACAUUCUGGACCUUCUUCGUACUUUCCCUCCUGACCUCAACUUCCUGCCUGUGGAUGAAGAGGAACUGUCACCAGAGAGUCAGCGCUUGGGCUUUCCUCGCCAGCACCGCCAUCGCUUGGCUUGUCUUCGCCAGGAGCUCAUAGAGGCCUUUGUCGAGCACAGGUAUCUACUCUUCAUGAAGAUGGCAGCAUUGCAGCUUAUGCAGCAAAAAGCAAACAAGGAAUGUAUUAAGACUGAUGCCCCUGCCAUCACUGAAACCGCAGAGACGGCCACAGAGAGCAAUGCUGCCACAGCCCAGACACAGACUAAUGUUACAGAGUCAUCUAAAGCAACAGAUGGCACAAGCCAGACAGACAACGGGCCCUCUGCUGGCUCACAAACAGCAAGUGAAAGUGAAGAAAACUCCUUGAAGCUCACAACAAACGGGCCUGUUGAGCCUGCAGCCACUCAGAAUGGGGAAUGCAAAAGCCCAUUGGAGGGUAAGGAGCUUGAGGAAAGUAUUCCAGGAUUAGCUCAAGCCAAAGAGCUGGCGGAGACCUUAGUUGCCGAAGAUGGAUCUGGUAUUGAUCCUAAAAGCCGUGAGGUUGUCCUCAAUGCCUGCAAGGCUGUAGGCUCCAUCAGCAACACAUCUUUUGAUAUCCGCUUCAACCCGGACAUAUUCUCUCCAGGAGUACGGUUCCCCGACGACAGCGCAGACGACGUCCAGAAGCAGAAGCAGCUUCUUAAAGACGCUGCUGCCUUCCUGGUGUCCUGUCAGAUCCCGUCACUGAUUAAAGACUGUUUGGACCACAGUGCUCUACCUAUGGAUGGAGCCACGCUAACAGAGGCCUUGCACCAGAGAGGGAUCAAUGUUCGUUAUUUGGGCACAGUUCUAGAGUUUGUGGACAAGACUCCUGCCAAAACCCAGCUAGAGCACUUCUAUAGAAUAGGAAUCAUUGAGCUGAUCACCAGAUGUGCAAAACAUAUCUUCAAAACAUACCUCCAGGGUGUGGAGUUGUCCGCUCUGUCAGCGGCCGUGAGCCAUUUCCUAAACUGCUUUCUGAGCUCUUUCCCCGACGCCGUGGCACACCUGCCUCCCGACGAGCUGGUGUCCCGCCGCAAAAAUCGCAAGCGCCGCAACAGGGUCCCCGGCGGCGGAGACAACACGGCCUGGGCCAGCCUGACUCCCAGCGAGCUGUGGAAGAACAUUGCUACUGAGGCCAAGAGCUACUAUCACUUCCACAUACACAGUGAAAGUGUCGACCAGGUGGUGGAAAAAUACAGCCUUCAGAAAAUCACCUUGCUCAGAGAAAUUUCAAUCAAAACUGGCAUCCAGAUCCUGUUAAAGGAGUACAACUUUGACAGCCGCCACAAGCCAACCUUCACAGAGGAGGACAUCCUGAACAUUUUUCCCGUUGUGAAGCACGUAAAUCCCAAAGCCUCAGACGCCUUCCACUUCUUUCAGAGCGGGCAGGCCAAAGUGCAGCAAGGUUUUCUGAAGGAAGGAUGUGAGCUGAUAAACGAGGCUCUGAACCUCUUCAACAAUGUGUACGGAGCCAUGCAUGUAGAGAUCUGUGCCUGUCUGCGCCUGCUGGCACGCCUUAAUUACAUCAUGGGAGACCACCCUGAGGCUCUCAGCAACCAGCAAAAGGCCGUUCUGAUGAGUGAAAGAGUCCUGGGCAUGGAGCAUCCCAACACAAUUCAAGAAUAUAUGCAUUUGGCCCUGUACUGCUUUGCCAACGGCCAGCUCUCAACUGCCCUAAAGCUGCUGUAUCGUGCUCGUUACCUCAUGCUGUUGGUUUGCGGGGAGGACCACCCAGAGAUGGCACUGAUAGAUAGUAACAUUGGGCUCGUGCUGCACGGAGUGAUGGAGUAUGAUUUAUCUCUGAGAUUCCUGGAGAACGCCUUGACCAUCAACACAAAGUAUCACGGAUCCCGGUCCCUCAAAGUGGCCCUCAGCCAUCAUUUGGUUGCGAGGGUUUAUGAGAGCAAGGCCGAGUUCCGCUCUGCACUACAGCACGAGAAGGAGGGGUACACUAUUUACAAGAACCAGAUGGGUGAGGCGCAUGAGAAAACCAAGGAAAGCUCAGAGUACCUGAAGUAUCUCACCCAGCAGGCUGUGGCCCUGCAGAGAACAAUGAACGAGAUCUACAAGAACGGCUCCAAUGCCAGUAUCAUGCCCCUCAAGUUCACUGCCCCCAGCAUGGCCAGCGUCCUGGAGCAGCUCAACAUCAUCAACGGCAUCAUUUUCAUACCACUCAGCCAAAAGGAUCUGGAGAAUCUGAAGGCAGAGGUGCAGAGGCGGCAACAGCUGCAGGAGCUGGGAAAGGGUGAAGAGCCAACCGAGGACAGCUCACUGGAACUUGAAGACAAAAUCCCCAUCGAUUAAUAUUCAGAAGCCCUCAACACAGCUACUUUCUGCUAAUAGUGGGAGGAGAAGAGAGGCCAUGACGCAACAAUUAAGUCACAGAGCCUGUGGAGCCGUGAACUGAGCAGUCUAAAUCAACAUUGAAAUAAAUGAGGGGAGAGUGGGGUCGGGGAAGUACAGAGAAAUAAGAAAAACUGUAUGAACUGUAGGACAAAGGAGUAGAGAUCAGGAGUUUCCUGUGAGGCAGGAGAGAGAGGGAGGAGAUACAUACAAACAGCAUAAAAUCAACUUAAUGUGCAAUCUGGAAAAAAAACAAUCCCGGGCCCACGGUCUUGGUGAUGAAGUCACUGGCAAUGUUGGCUGCUUAAAAAUUUGAUUUAUAAAUGAAAGACUGGUUGCAGCUGGAAAGGGAGGAGACCAAGAACGACCAUGACAUACACACACAUAUGUAUAUAUGUGUGUGUGUGUAUGUAUACCAGAGCCUUAUCCACUGUACCACCAUCCCCAAAUUAUGCUUCCUCUCAGCUCACAUGUCUCACAGCACUUUUAACCCAGGACCAUGUUUCACCCUGCCGUUGCCCAAGGAGCUUUGAGGAUCCCGAGGGCCCCCGCCUGCCCUGUUUCCUAAAGGUGCUCUAAAUGAUAAAGCACCGACCCUGUCAUACAACUCAGGGGUUCUUUCUACUGUGCACUAAGUCCAGAAUACAGUCACUAAAUUUGAGAUCUUGCAAGUGGGGCUUCAGAAUGUAAAUUCCCUUCUCUGUGGGCCCUUUUGUGCCACUUUGCAGCAGUCAGUCAUUAUCCUUACACAUCCAUUAUGGCUAAUUAAUUUGAUCAUUGUGUUAUUUGUACGUACAACGUCCCAGGAGGACGCCCGCUGUGUUCUUUAGUUCCUGCUGCAAGAAACAAGGAAACAACACAGUGAGCUGUCAACCCAGCGAGUUUGAUUUAAUUUGCGCUCUUCUUUCCCUCAUUUUGUCUUUUUUUUAAUUAUUAUUAAGUAAUUGGGUUUCUGUAAAGAUGCACAAGAGAAUCGAAGGUAAUUUAUGCCUGUUGAUCAUCAGCUAAUUUAAGCCAUGUCUGUUUUAUAGAAGAUGUAUAGAAGUGUAAAAGGUGUAUAAAUCUUGGAUUUAGACUGGUACUUGACGUAAAUGGAAAAGGCAGAUUUGAAAAAUAUACACUUUAAACAGUAGAUAUAACUAUCUAUAAACUAGCUGUGUUAAUUCUUCUAUUUUUACACACUUGAAAAUAUGUGCAUGUGUGUUUGACGGUGUGUGUCUUUGUGUAGUCUGACAGAAAAUCUGUUCCCUGGGGCUGUUGCUGCUUUCGCUGCUGCAUUGUUUGAAUAGAGGCUAAGCAAACAUUUGCUUUCCGAAUGUUUUAUACUUCUACCCACGAUAAAGCUGUUAAAUGGCUGUUGCCCAUUUUCUUGAAGCAUUCAUGGCCAGACGGUGUUAAUCUGCUUACAUACGAAGAUGGUACUGAAGUGAACCUCUUCUCACCGUUGCACAAGUGCUCAACGUUGGCAGAUCUUGUUGUUCAUUGUUCUUGUUUUGUUUCCCAUUAAUGCAUCAAGUCAUCUUUUCACAUUUAUCAGAAAAACUAGCCAGAGGUGAGCAGUUUUUGUUGCACUUCCUCAUGCCGUGUGUUGACAUGCGCACGAAAGUUAACAAAAUUUGCUGCCUCAAUUUGACAUACCAAAUUAAAAAAAAUGAAAAAGAAUACUUAAGAAUACUUGCUUGUAUACAUGCAAUGUAGCCCUCCAUGGCAAUUUGUUACUUAAUUGUUGCAGUGUGUAGAUGUAUGUGAUUGAAGCAAUUGAAAGAUGAUGCUGGAGCUGAUUGUUUGUUUUUAGAAAAUGCAGUUUUUACUUGGCACAAGACAUGCAAGACGGACCAUGUACUGUAUUGGCUGAAUUGUCUGAAAAUAAAGAAGCCACAUGCAAAUGCAAACGGCCAGCUCUUCGGACUGGGAGGUGACGUUACUACAAUGAUCGCUCUCCUGAAAUGUGUUACUGUACUUCGGUUGCAGAGCAUGGUGUGUAUGUGCCUAUUAUUUAUGCUUCUGAAUGGAAUUUGGGUAAUGAUGGGUUUAAAGAAAACUUUACAUUAUAUAAAGGUGACAUUUGCUUCCUGAUUUGGUUUUCUGAGUUUCUUGUAUCAUAUAUGUAUGGUUUUUGUUUUUUUGUUCCCCCCAUUCUUCCAUACUGUCCCUGCUCGGUGUUGUUCAUCUGUAACACCAACGUCGGCCACAGGAUGGCGCAGUAUCUUUUUUUCUCAUCCUGAAGGAAAAAAAAUGGAGCGAAUUGGUGAACUACAUGGUUUAUUUGAUUUUUGUAAAAAUAUAGGAGAGAUCUUGUAUUUAUUUUUUAUUAUUGUUGCAAUUCAAAUAAUACCAAGUCUCAUGUUUGGUAUCUAAAUUGUUUAUUAAAUAAUAAUAAUAAACGUAUUGAAAAAGA